AGUUUCCCAUUGUUCAAGCAAUGUGGUCAAUCAUGGAGCUCUCAAUUGAUUAGUACUGAUACCAUCUGUAAAUCUGGUUGUUUGAUGACCUCCAUGUGUAUGGCUUUGAACGGUCGUGGAAAGACUAGCAUGAACCCAGGUCAAUUUGCAUCUUGGUUAAAGUCAAACGGUGGUUUCAGUGGUAAUCUCUUUGUCUGGGGAAGUGUUUCCAAGUUUGGUCUUACUUAUGAAGGUAAAAUUAAGGGAACUAGCUCAAUUGCUUCACAACUCUGUGCUGGAAAGAUUGUCAUCCUCAAUGUCCGUUAUGGUGGACAUUGGGUUUUGGCCACUGGUUUCGAUGGUUCUUCAUUCACUGUUAAUGAUCCAGGUUAUUCCAAGUCUUCAUAUGCUGCCUCUGAAGUUACUCAAGCUGCUAUUUAUCAUUAG